AUGGGAACAAUUCAAUCCAAGUACUCCAACGUCAGUAUCCCUCCUGGAGUGAAUCAUCCUGGAAAGCUUCAAAUUGUCCUUGCUUCUAUGAUUACUACAUCUGCUAUGGGGAAGAUUUUGGAAAAGAUGGGGGUGUGCAGCGAGAUCACCUUCACCCGCUACAUCCACUCCGGGGUGAAGCUGGGGCCGGACCCGCAGCUCUCGCUGGAGGACGCGCGGUUUGGCCAGGUGCCGGUGAGGGUCUACCGGCCGCGCGCCCUAUCUGCCUGCCUGCGGGCGGGCGCCAUCUUCUUCCACGGCGGCGGCUGGCUGUACUGCAGCAUUGAUUCCUAUGAAAAGAUCUGCCGUUACAUUGCUAGAGAAAGUGAGUUGGUGGUUGUGUCUGUUGGGUAUCGUUUAGCUCCUGAACACAAAUACCCUGCCGCAUAUGAAGACUGUCUUAAUGCUACCAUACACUUUAUGAAGAAUAUAGAGCACUAUGGCGUGGAUCCUGCCAAUGUAAUUGUCUGCGGGGACAGUGCUGGGGGCAAUCUAGCAGCUGCUGUUAGCCAGACCCUUGCAAGUAGAUCCGACCUCCCCAAACUACGUGCUCAGAUCUUGAUCUACCCAGGCCUUCAGGCACUGGACUUCAAUUUACCAUCCUAUCAGCAGAAUCGGGGAGUCCCUCUCUUAUUCCGAGAACGUGCUGCUUUCUACCUGUUACAGUACCUAAAUGGGAAUGCAUCAAAUCUGGAAGAGGUCUUGCAGGGUUCCCAUAUUCCUAUAGAUAUUAAAUUAAAUUAUAUGAGGAAGUGGGUGAGUCCAGGUAACAUCCCCGAAAAAUUUAAGGUCAGAGGCUACAAACCACACAAGCCCCAUGAAUUCAAGGCUGAAGUUUUUGAGAAAGUUAAAAGAUUCUUUGAGCCCAACCUGAGCCCACUGCUAGCUGAAGAUGCUAUUAUUCACGAGCUGCCUGAGUCUUUCAUCUUGACUUGUGAAUAUGACGUGCUAAGAGACGAUGGCUUGCUUUACAAGAAGAGAUUGGAGGACAAUGGUGUUCGAGUCACCUGGUACCACCUUGAGGAUGGAUUCCAUGGAAUCAUAAGCCUACAUGAUUUUUGUGGUUCCUCAUUUCCAGCUGGGGAAAGGGGAUUGGACAGAAUUAUUAAAUUCAUAAAAGGCCUGUAG